AUAUCCCAGCCAAUCCGCAUUAUCUUGAAUGCUGUUAAUCUCACCAAUGAGAAUCUAUUUCUAACAUUUCAUUAUGUCAGUUAGCCAAACCGCUGGUGCUGAUGGGCGAUAAAGAGAGACGAAGCACUUGUAAUAGCUGCCUCCAGAGGGUGGACUUUCUGAUUAAGUGCUCGCUGACCAGAGCUGCAAUGUGAAUGUCUAAUUAGGCAAUUGACUGCCCCUAGAGGGUAGAUUGACUCGCCUAACUUACAGAUAAUAUCCAUCCUGUCUACAAGAAGGCAUUUUUGAAACAAAGCCAUCACAACAGAGAGAGGAAAAGAAACCGGCCUUAUGGGUCCUCAGGGAGCAGAAACUCAGUCUCCUUGCCAGUGAAAGAGCAAAUUUGCAUAUAUGAAUAAUUAAUUAAGUGGAAAGAACGCUCUCGGAAUGAAAGUGGAAAAUGGGGAAAACAAGCCUCCCGUAGAACUACAACUCCCAGAAGGCCUUGCCACUACCGCGAGGAACAGCGCCCAAAGUCACGCGAAGAUGCAGUUUCUCCGUAUCCGCAGGCUUCUAUCGCUGGCGCCAUUACUUGAAUUCUCCUCCCGCGUUUCCGCACCCUCUCCGAUUAGCGGUACCCGGAGUUUCCAAGGUAACCGCGCAGUAGGGCGGAUCUUAUUAGGUGGAAAGCGAAACCCGGAAGUGACGCUCUUACCGGGCGUCAGCAGUGAGAAGGUUCGAAGAUGGCGGCGCGCAAGGGUCGGCGGCGCACGUGUGAAACCGGGGAACCCAUGGAGGCCGAGUCCGGCGACACAAGUUCCGAGGGCCCAUCCCAGGUCUACCUGCCCGGCCGGGGGCCACCGCUACGCGAAGGGGAAGAGCUGGUCAUGGACGAGGAGGCCUAUGUGCUCUACCACCGGGCGCAGACUGGCGCCCCCUGUCUCAGCUUUGACAUAGUCCGGGAUCACCUGGGAGACAACCGGACAGAGCUUCCUCUUACACUUUACUUGUGUGCUGGGACCCAGGCUGAGAGCGCCCAGAGCAACAGACUGAUGAUGCUUCGGAUGCACAAUCUUCAUGGGACGAAGCCCCCACCCUCAGAGGGCAGUGAUGAAGAAGAGGAGGAGGAAGAUGAAGAGGAUGAAGAAGAGCGGAAGCCUCAGCUGGAGCUGGCCAUGGUGCCCCACUAUGGUGGUAUCAACCGAGUUCGGGUGUCAUGGCUGGGUGAAGAGCCCGUGGCUGGGGUGUGGUCAGAGAAGGGCCAGGUGGAGGUGUUUGCGCUGCGGCGGCUUCUGCAGGUGGUGGAGGACCCCCAGGCCCUGGCAGCCUUCCUCCGGGAUGAGCAGGCCCAAAUGAAGCCCAUCUUCUCCUUCGCUGGACACAUGGGCGAGGGCUUUGCCCUUGACUGGUCCCCCCGGGUGCCCGGUCGCCUGCUGACCGGUGACUGUCAAAAGAACAUCCACCUCUGGACACCUACGGACGGCGGCUCCUGGCACGUGGACCAACGGCCAUUCGUGGGCCACACGCGCUCUGUGGAGGACCUGCAGUGGUCACCGACUGAGAACACGGUGUUUGCCUCCUGCUCAGCUGACGCCUCCAUCCGAAUCUGGGACAUCCGGGCAGCCCCCAGCAAGGCCUGCAUGCUCACCACAGCCACCGCCCAUGAUGGGGACGUCAAUGUCAUCAGCUGGAGCCGCCGGGAGCCCUUCCUGCUCAGUGGCGGGGAUGAUGGGGCCCUCAAGAUCUGGGACCUUCGGCAGUUCAAGUCUGGCUCCCCAGUGGCCACCUUCAAGCAGCACGUGGCCCCUGUGACCUCCGUCGAGUGGCACCCGCAGGACAGCGGGGUCUUUGCAGCCUCGGGUGCAGACCACCAGAUCACACAGUGGGACCUGGCAGUGGAGCGGGACCCUGAGGUGGGCGAUGUGGAGGCCGACCCCGGGCUGGCCGACCUCCCGCAGCAGCUGCUGUUUGUGCACCAGGGCGAGACCGAGCUGAAGGAGCUGCACUGGCACCCGCAGUGCCCAGGGCUCCUGGUCAGCACGGCGCUGUCAGGCUUCACCGUCUUCCGCACCAUCAGUGUCUGAGGCGUCCCACUGGCUCUGCUCUUGCUUCCUGCUUGGAAACUGAAGUCGAAUUGGGCCCCCCUGGAAGGGGUUCAUUCAGGUCUGUUGACAGACUGGCCGGCCUGUGGGCUGCCGUGAUGGAUUCUGUUUGAUGUAUUGUUCUCUAGAAGGCCUGGGUCUGAUCCAGUGACCCCUCUCACCAAAGCACUCGGUUUAACCACUCAGUUAACCCAGAGACUUGUGUGGCCUGUGUGUCGGUGGAUUCCUUCCUGUCAGCUGUGACCCAUUUGACCUGUGCCCUCAGAACCCAGUUUUUUUGUUUGUUUGUUUGAGAUGGAGUCUUGGUCUGUCGCCCAGGCUGGAGUGCAGUGGCACGAUCUUGGCUCACUGCAACCUCUGCCUCCCGGGUUCAAGUGAUUCUCUCGGCUCAGUCUCCCGGGUAGCUGGGAUUACAGGCAUGUGCCACCACACCCCGUUAAUUUUUGUGUUUUUAGUAGAGACGGGGUUUCACCAUGUUGGCCAGGCUGGUCUCAAAUUCUUGAUCUCAAGUGAUCUGUCCACCCUGGCCUCCCAGAGUGCUGGGUUGGGAUUACAGGCGUGAGCCACCACGUCCGGCUCAGGACCCAGUUUUGGCUGCUGGUUCCCAGCAGGGAACUCGGGGGAUAUACAAUGGCUGCAUCAAAUUUGAGGUGUGGGUUCCUCCAACACAAUUUGCUUCUGCCCGUUGUCUUCCUGCCAGCUGGGUUUGGCCAGGAUUUCCCCGUGUGGGGGCUACAUGGGACCCCCUCCCCUCCUCCCUGACUUAAAGGCUGGUGCUGUGUCAGGAGGACGUUCAGGGCUCCCAAGCAGCAAUAAAGGAUCAGGAAGAGGCCUGA